AUUCCUCCCCUCGCUCCGCCAAACCUCGCCCGUCGCAUCCGCAGCGACAAUUUCCCGCAUCGCAAUGGACGUCGAAGAAUCGCCGUGGGCUGAUUCCAGCCAGACCCCCCCUGAGCCGCCCGCCGACAGCGAGCCUGUUGCUUCCCCGCCAGCGACAUCACAGGCCUCGACGGCGUCAGCGCCUCGGCCCUCGCGCGCCCCUCGCCGCAUCGUCGCCCAGCCCACCAAACUAGAAGCCGUGGACGAUCCCCUCGGGCCGCUGAGCGCUGGGCCAGCCCAAGAUGCCGCUGCGCUGGAUGCCCCGCCGGUGCCGCCUCAGAAGGAGCAGAUGGUGAUUCGGACGACGAUGGCGCCGCUCCAGCAGCAGCAGGCGGCGAGAAGGAUUGCCGACCCUCACCAUGUGGAUGACGAAGACGACUUGGAGAGCCCGAGAGGCCCGAGAGUGCCACCUCCGGUAGAUGCUGCGAGACCGAGUAGUGUGCGGAGCAACACGCAGCCGAGCGUGAGCGUGGAAGAGGCAGCGAAGCCCUCGUUUUAUAUCACUGUUGGAGAUCCAGUCAAGAUUGGAGACUUGACGAGCUCUCAUAUUGUGUACUCUGUGAGAACCAAGACCACCUCCAGAGCAUACAAGCAGCCCGAAUUCGAGGUCAAGCGUCGAUACCGAGACUUCUUAUGGCUCUAUAACACCUUGCACGGAAACAACCCCGGAUACGUGGUGCCGCCACCUCCCGAGAAGCAGGCUGUUGGCCGCUUCGACAGCAACUUUGUGGAAAGUAGAAGAGCCGCGCUGGAGAAGAUGCUCAACAAGACUGCGGCGCACCCCAUCCUUCAGCAUGACGCUGAUCUAAAGCUUUUUUUGGAGAGUGAGGCCUUUAACGUUGACAUUAAGCACAAAGAAAGACGGGAGCCUCUGCCCACCGAGAGCAAGGGUGUGUUGGGAUCUUUGGGUAUCAACGUCGGAGGAGGAAGCAAGUUUGUGGAGCAGGAUGAUUGGUUUCAUGAUCGCAAGGUGUACCUUGAUGCAUUGGAGAGUCAGCUCAAAGGGCUGCUGAAAGCAAUGGAUGCUAUGGUCAGCCAGAGAAAGAUGAUGGCAGAGGCUGCAGCUGACUUUUCUGCCUCUCUCCACGCGCUGUCCACGGUUGAGCUUUCGCCCUCGCUAUCCGGCCCUCUAGACGCCCUCUCUGACCUCCAGCUUACCAUUCGCGAUGUGUAUGAUCGUCAGGCCCAACAAGACGUCUUGACUUUUGGAAUUAUCAUUGAUGAAUACAUUCGUCUGAUUGGGUCAAUCAAGCAGGCAUUCAGCCAGCGUCAAAAGGGCUUCUACGCCUGGCAUUCAGCCGAGUCGGAGUUCCAGAAAAAGAAGAGUACACAAGACAAGCUGCUUCGUCAGGGUAAGAGUCAGCAGGACCGACUCAACCAGAUGAACGCCGAGGUGCAGGAGUCGGAGAGAAAAGUCCAUCAAGCUCGGCUGCUCUUUGAAGACAUGGGCCGCUCCAUGAGAGCUGAGCUGGACCGGUUCGAGAAGGAAAAGGUGGAGGAUUUCAAGAGCGGUGUCGAGACCUUCCUCGAAGGUGCGGUUGAAGCACAGAAGGAAUUGAUUGAAAAGUGGGAGACAUUCCUCAUGCAACUGGAUGCUCAAGACGAUGAAUCUGCUUUCUAUAGGCCGCCCGUCUACCAGACGAAACCUCCCGGUAACACCGCUAUCGAUCGUGCCCGGGCUACUAUAGAUGAGGAUUCAGACUAGGAGAGAAUUUGAUGUUGUAGUAGUCUAUCUCCACGAGUAUACUACAGUUAUAAGCUAAAUGGUCAAUAAGCGGGAGGGAGACAGCGGAAGUGCGCCACUAUUCAUAUUCGUUUCGAAGUUCGGAGAUGAAUCCCUUUUUUUUUUGUUAUAUCAUGGCGGGCCGCCAGGCUCAAAGUGCUGUACAUAUUUGAACAGAGUCGAUUCUCUAAUCCAAUGCGGUUUCUCUCCUCCCGUCUAUCGUCUUUCCAUGUCUCUCCAUUUUUGUGACGUUGUCUGCGCCUAGCCUUUUCCAUCUUUCGUUCGUACAAAGUAUAUAAUACAUUCCUUCUGUUCUUUCAUAUCAUAACCCCAUUUAUUACUUUCUCCGUGUGGGAGACUUCUUCGGACCUGAAUCUUUCAACGCGCUCGUAUCCUGCGGCGAGUAUUCCGCCAACAAAUCCUCAAAGUUCAAUCCAGCACCCUCCUCAGCAGCCUUUGCCGCAGCCUGUUCCUCCGCCGCCUUGGCCGCAGCCAAAGCAGCCUCAUCGCCCUUCGCCUCGCCCUCUACAGCCUGCGCCGCAGCAUCGUACGCCCUUCCGAAUCGUUCUCUAAAGGCAGCCAGCUUGCCGGCCUCGUCGAGCUCGACGUUCCGCAGGCUCUUCUCGCUGGGCUGCCACAGGAGCGUGUUGCGCGUGUCCUUUGCCGCACGGUAGAGCGGCAGCGGGGAGGUGGUUCGGGCGGUGUAGGUGGAUCCGUCGGAGAGCUGGAUGAGCUGCGUAAAGGUAUAGGGCCGUCGGGGUCGGGGGAUGAAGGUUGCGUGUCGAGUUUGCUGUGCGCGGAGACAGCUGCUGUGCGCGGAGAAGGUUGAGACUGUGGAUGAUGGGCGGAGGGGAGAGGAGAGGAGGCUGGCGGUGGUGGGAGUGGGGAGUUUCCCCAUUGUGACGGUUUUUAUUCUUUUAUUUAUUUGAGAGUAAUGGGUCCUUCAAUUGGGGAGAAUUCGUGUACUGCUGUAUCGAGCUCUUUUUGGUAUCAGUGUCGCAUGUGGUGAUC